AUGGACCAAAGUCAGAAUCCCAGCCAGAUCCAGCCGGGUCCGGGAUCAAGUGAUCCUGCCAUCCCCUUGAUUUUAUUCCACGACGCCGGCGGCACGGUCUUUCCGUACUUCUGCCUCGGCGAUAUCAAACGUCCGCUCUUCGGCAUUAAGAACCCUCGUUUCGAGCGAGGGGGUCAUUGGGAACAUGGACUGCGUCAAAUGGGCGUCGUCUAUACACACCUUGUCAGAUCUGCCGUCGCCUCGGGCAAGGUCAUCCUCGGAGGAUGGUCUCUGGGCGGAUGCAUCGCAGUUGAAGUCGCAUCGCGACUCAUGAAAUUGCCCCAGUACACAGUCCAGGGCGUCGUACUGGUUGACAGCGUCUAUCCCACCCCUGUCGUGACGACACAUUACCCACGCACUCUGCCCGAAGUGGUCGCUAGCUUCCAGCUCCCUGCGCAAAUGUCAGACACACGGCGCGACCUGGCGCAGCAAUGUAUUCUGGCCGCACACGAGAUGCAGCGUGAUUGGCGUCCACCGGCGUUUCCUGAGAACCCUCCUCCCGCGGUUCUGAUCAAGGCGGCUGACCCGGUUCAUGAGAAUGAUGAGCAUGCGCUGCAUUACUUUGAUCGCGUCAGGGACUGGAAGUAUCUGGGCUGGGAGGACUACGAUACUAGCUUUAUCGUGGCUACGAUGGAUACCCCGGGUAACCAUUUUACGAUUUUUGACGGCCCAAAUGCUGAACAUACAACGAACAAAAUUAAGGAAGCGUGCUCUUUAUUGACGGAGCCGCACCCUUAG